AGGGUCCUGCUCCACGUGAGUUUCCUGGCGCCCGUCCUCAUGGUGGUGAUGUGGAUCAAGCCCAUCUCACGGGACUUCCUGCUCCACGCGCCCAUGGGCAAGCAGACGGUGCAGAUACUCUGCCUACAACCAGCCUCUGCCUACAACACCACGCGCCUCUGGACCAUCGUUGGCCUCUGCCUGUUGCGCUUGGCUGUUACCCGCCGUCACCUCCAGGCUUACCUGGGCCUGGCCGAGCGCUGGGUGGAGCAGAUGAAGAAGGAAGCCGGGCGCAUCACGGUCCUGGAGAUCCAGCGCAAGAUCACCAGGAUUUACUGCUACGUCUCCGUGGUCAGCCUGCAGUACCUGGGACCCAUCAUCCUCACCCUCCACUCCACGCUGCUCCUCAAGACGCUGGGGCACCACUCGUGGGGACUGUACCCAGAGCCCACUCCCCUCCCUCCGGCAGCGACCGCAGCAGCACCGCGUCUCAGCAGUGAGGAGGGGGAGGACGUGCGUGCCACGGUGGAGCAGAUCAGCAGCAUCUUGGGUGGCAUCUUCACCCCCCUCUUCUUCCGUGGACUUUUUGCCUUCCUCACCUGGUGGGUGGCUGCCUGCCAGGUUGUCACCAGCCUCUUUGGCCUCUACUUCCACCAGUACCUGGCAGCCUCCUGA